GGCCUUGUUGUGGGCUUUUCUUUGAAAAAGAGGGCAAAAUAGCGCUUUUGCUGCAAAGGGGGAGCGCAGGGCGGUAUUUGCACCUUGCGGAGCAGGAAGCGGGGGGAAGAAGCCGCGCAUCUCGGGGCGCCUGCCCUGUAGCUCGGUGGGGGAGGCGGCUGAGUCGGCUGCUGGAGUGGAGAAGUGGAACAAAGAGGUUCUCCUUUCCUCUCUCUGUCUCUCCCCGGUUUGCAACAAAGAACCGCGAGUGGGGGUGGGGGGAGGCAGGAAGGAGGCGAGGAAGGGAUGCGGCAGUGAAGCUUUCCACUGCGGGACUCGUGGCUGGGAUCAAAUCCGGGCGAGCGAGGAGGAGGAAGAAGAGACGACGGGGGAAACAAAGGCUUUGGAGAGAGAUCCCAUCCUACAACUGAGGGAAUUAUGUUCCGGUUCAUGAGAGAUGGGGAACCAGAAGAUCCAAUGUUUGUAAUGGACCCUCUCGCCAUCCACCACCAGCAUGUGAACCGUGUGCUCUCGGGUGGCUUUGGCUAUGGCCCCUUCCUCAGCAUCGGUAAUGGGACCGUACCGGCAGCUCGCCAGGCAAGCCGUAGGAUGCAGGCGGGAGCUGUUUCGCCUUUUGGGAUGCUGGGAAUGGCAGGUGGCUUUAUGGACAUGUUUGGCAUGAUGAACGACAUGAUUGGAAACAUGGAGCACAUGACCAGUGGAGCAAACUGCCAGACGUUUACCUCCUCAACUGUCAUAUCAUACUCAAACCUGGGUGAAGGGCCUAAAGUUUACCAGGAGACGUCAGAGACGCGCUCUGCACCGGGCGGGAUCCGGGAGACAAGGCGGACGGUACGAGACUCGGACAGCGGACUGGAGCAGAUGUCAAUUGGGCACCACAUCCGGGAAAGGGCGCACAUCAUGCAGCGCUCGCGUAACCAUCGCACGGGGGACCAGGAGGAGAGGCAAGACUACAUCAACCUGGAUGAAAGCGACGCAGCCGCCUUCGAUGACGAGUGGAGGCGAGAGACGUCCCGCUUCCGGACGCAGCGAGGACUGGACUACCGGCGUCAUGAGGGAAGCAACGGCCGCAGGGCCGAGGGGACCCGCCUUGCUAUUCAGGGACCAGAGGAGUCGCCCACCAGACAGUCCCGCCGGUACAGACAGUGAAACUCUGAUGGCGAAGCCCUUACCAAACAUCACUUUGGACCUUCCGCAAGUUGAAAACUAGCUUCCUGCCCCCCCGCCUGAGAUUUAAAUUGACUAACUGUCUCGAGGCAGCGUUACACUCUUUGCGUAGAGCGGCUGGCCGAGGGAAACGAUGUCGGGGGACUUUGUCCAUGAAUGAGUGACACGGUGAUUCAUUUGACUCAGUUCUCGUCCCUCUUAACUCUUUCCCCGCUUUUUCAUUGACUCUCCCUGCGUCUGUUCCUUCCCCCUUUAGUGUUUUGGAGGAGAUGCGGGAAUGGUUUCCCCUUGAGUUUCUUGGCGUCUCCCUCUGUAUCUCCUGCUUCCAAGUUUUGGCUGGUUCUGGAGUUUGUAUUUAAUCAACCUACCCUACCCUCCUCGCCUCUGCCAGCAUUAGCUGCAUCGGCAAAUUUUACUGACUUGCUUAUUAGUUUCAAGCACUUGGAAAUAACCUUCUAGUUGCCUCUGCUCUUGUCCCACCAGCCUGCCCUGGGAGUGUGGGGUGUACAUGAAAGGUUGCGAGGGUUGGGGUGGGGGGGUGAGAUGCGGACAAACCAAACAAGCCCUACCUCUCUCUGCAACGGUCCAGCUGGCUCUCCCCCGUCUUAUACAAAUCUGACUUUUUUUUUUUUGCGAAACUUGUAACUAGAUGUUUACAGAGUUGAAUAAAGAAACAGAACCUGUAAAAGC